AUUAGCAUUUUCAUGGUUUUAAUUUCUUCUUAAUUUUAGUUCUCACUCGUAUUACUAUACAUUAAUUCGAAGCAAAUGGAUGGUACAUUCCUAAAUUAAUUUCUGAAACUGAAAGAAAAGAAAAUGGAUUCAGGUAAUUCAUAUAUAAAUAUUUAUAUAUAUAUAUAUAUAUUUGUAUAUUAUGUAUUAUUCUACAUUAAAUUAGGAUCAAAUCUUCGUAAAAAUUUCAUAUGAAUUUCAUUAAAUGUUGACACAAAUUUCAUUUUUGUUUCAGAUUGGGCAAAUCUUCCAUGUCACCUAUUAGAAUUGAUUUUUGAAAAGAUAGAAGCAAAAUAUUCAUUUUCAUUUGCUUGUGUUUGUCUCUCGUGGCGCGACAUAGCAAUGGAAAAUCGAAGUAAGUUAAUCGAACUAAACCAUCAUCUAGUUCCAAAGCUUUUGAUUCCAAAUGAAAGCGAAGCUAAUAAUUUAUGGAGUGUCUAUAACCUAAGCUCAUACCGCCACAUAUCUUUAGAAUCAUACCUAUUACUCCCUUCUUACGAUAUUCCUUUUAUAGGCUCCUCCGAAGGAUGGUUAGCUACUAUUCAAAAAGAUUUGAAAAUCACACUUUUUAAGCCUCUUAAUAACACUAUAACAAUUUUUCUUCCUCCUUUAUUUGAUGAUUAUAAGCAUCGUGAUUCAUUUAACAGAUUCAUAACAUUCACACCAAAUCCAAUAUCAAAUCCAAACGAUUUCAUUACGAUAGUGAUAUUUGGACCACUUCUUCAAGUGGCUUAUAUUAGACCUUUAAAAGACGAUUCAUGGACUCAUGUACUUGAUCCGUCGCCUUUUAAUAAGGCCUUUGUUAUAGACGACAUUUUGUACUAUAAAGAUGCUUUCUAUGGAGUUGAUUUUUAUACGAGUGGACUUGUUUCUUUCGAAAUUAAGUAUGAUGAUUCGUCUUAUGAACCGAGUUUAAAGUUGGUUGGUGGGAUUCAAACAAACAACCGUAACAAUGAUGAUGAUGUUGUUUUUGAUAAAAAAUAUUUGGUGGAAUCAUAUAAAGGAGAUCUUUUGCAAGUUCAAAGGUAUGUUUAUAUGGAGACAUUUCGUGUAACAACAUGUUUUGAUGUUUUUAAGUGGAGUUUUGAUCGAUCAAAUUGGGAAGAAAUAAGUGAUUUAGGUGAUGAAGCUUUGUUUGUAGGUGAUAAUUCUUCAGUAUCAGUUGAUACAUCAUUAAGUUCUACAAAAUGUCAGAGUAACUGCAUAUAUUUUACCGACGAUAACAGUGUUCAUUCAAAUACUAAUAACCCUUCAGAUAUGGGAGUGUACAAUCUUGAAACUCGAAGUGUGAGACGUUUCAACAUUGAUACAAAUCUCUUUACUAGAAUGGGUGGAAGAGCACCCAUUUGGAUUGUACCUAACAUAUCUAUAAAAAAUUAUAAGUAAGGUCUCUCUACUUGGUGUUAUGUUUUUUUUUUCUUUUCUUCUUUUUUUAUUCUUUUUGUUAAUUGGUUUCCAAAGAUUUGAAUUCUAUGAAACAUUAUAUUAAGAUUGUUUGAAAUAUUUUUAUUUCAUGUUGAUUAAAAUUAAUUUGAUUGUUUUAUAUCGUU